UAUAUUGUAAUUUCUUCUGUUAUUGAAAAAUACAAUAUUCAUACAAAUUUUUUAUGGUAUCAGAGCACCCUCUGUCAUAGAACAGAAUUUGAUCUCCUUUCCUCUAUUCGAUCUCCUUCCUCCAUUUCUUUCAGCUCUGCCAAAAUUCUCACCUAUCAACCAUGGCAACACCACCGACCUCUCCCACCUUUGAUUCAGCUGCAUCAACUGGAGCUACUCCUGCUGUAACGACACCAACGAUCACCCGACUGAAUCAAGGUAACCCUUCCUCUCCUGGCAACAAUCUGAUAUCUUUGAAUGCCUCAUCUCAGAUUCCAUUCAAGCUAGCAAUAGGAGGAGAAUAUUAUGCUUCCUGGAAAUCACAAAUGACCAAUCUCCUAUUCGGUUAUGGUCUACUCGGUUAUGUUGAUGGCUCUUAUCCAUGUCCACCAAAAACCGAUCAGGAACACGUCACUUGGCUUCGCCAGGAUCGACUAGUGCUACUAGCGAUUCAAUCCACCAUUCAUGGCACAAUCAGUCCCACCAUCAACAACUGCCCUACUUCCGCUGAUGCCUGGACCAAACUGGAAUCCAGUUAUGCAAAUCGAUCCAAUAUCCGCAUGCUCUCUCUUCUGUCCACGCUAAUGAAUACCAAGAAAGAAGGGAAAUUAGUUGCCACCUAUAUGAGCAAAAUAAAAGGUAUUGUUGACGAUCUAACUCUUAUUGGCCAUCCCUUGAGUAAUGCAGAAAUCAUGGCUCAUACUCUAAAUGGUCUUGCUGACGAGUUCAAGGAACUAACGGCUGUGGUUAGGGUUCGUGACUCACCUAUAUCAUUUGAGGAUCUCUACGACAAACUUCCUGAUGAGGAGUUAACCCAAAAUCGUGGACACACCAAAGAGGACGAUACACAGAUUACUGCUCAAUUCACUCAAAGGCAAAGCAACUACAAAGGCAAGGGUGGUAGAGGAAAUAAAAGCGGAUUCAAUCCCUCCAAUUCAGUUCUUGGUCAUUCUGGACAAUCCAAUGGCCAUCCUGGACAACCAUCAAACUUCAACCAAUCUGGUCUUCAACCUAAUCAAUCUUGGCAGCACUCAUCCUAUGGCCGAGGUUCCUCUUCUCAAGGGAUGGGUUUCAAUUAAAACUUUCAACCUUCUUCAUGGAAUCCGAAUUAUUAUCAGGGACAACAGGGGCAAUCCCGUAUUGUGUGUCAACUGUGUGAUAAGCCGGGACAUAGUGCAAAAACAUGUCGCUCUCGGGGUCAACCCUCCUCUCGACCUCAAGCUAAUUAUGUGGAUGGAGAUUCUAUCUAUGGCAACAACAAUUGGUUGUUAGAUUCGGGAGCUACUCACCAUAUCACAUCUGAUCUUCAGAAUCUCUCUAUACAUUCGGAUUAUGUUGGGAAUGAGGAUGUUAUAGUUGGCAAUGGUAAUGGAAUUUCAAUCUCUCACACAGGUUCUUCUAUCAUUAAUUCGUCUCUUGCUUCAUUCAAA